UUAAAUCUUUUUGUGUUUGUUUGUUUUCGUGCAGCUGAUUAUAUAUCCAGCGUCAAGGAAGCUAUUGCAGAGUUUCACAAACAUACCUGUCUAAAGUUUGUCGAGAGAACGAAUCAGCCAAACUGGCUUCUGUUUGUUUUUAAAUCUGGGUAAGUUUUCUAUCUUAAAAUCUUGGGCGUGAUCCAUGUUCUGUUGGAUGACAGCUGCAAAACUUCGAACGGAAAGCUUUGCUUACGACUGAUAUACGAGUGUUUUCUCCCGAGGGGUUAAUAUUUACAAAAACUCCAGGCAACCAAUAAGAUGGUUUCUUUUACUCCUGUCUGAAUACACAUUUGCAUAUAGAUCGAACAUAGUCUGGCACCUCUGAUGUACAUAUUUUUACAAUCGCUGAGUAUCAUUCUUGUUUAAUUUGUUUUAUUCAGGUGCUGGUCUAGUGUUGGGAAAAAGUAUUGGAGGUAUGACUACGGGCAACAGGUUUCACUGGGCAGCGGUUGUAAUCACAGAGGAACCGUCAUGCAUGAAAUAAUGCACGCAAUUGGCUUCUGGCAUGAGCAAUCACGACCAGACAGAAACCUUUAUGUAGAAGUACUCUGGGAGAACAUACUGGACGGUACGCCAAUAUAAUCUCAACAGUAAAUAGAGUUAGAGUGAAGGUUUGGUGGUGGACUGAAUGUAUGUUAUUGACUUGCACUCAAUGGCAGUGACUUUUUAUGUCAGUUGGUUAGAUUAAAGCAUCGCUAAUGAGAUUCUCCACGGUUUCCCGCUGAAUCCCGAUGAAGGCCUGAUUUUUUGAUGCAGUGUGCAUAACUGCCAUGAUCCUUAAAAGAGUUGAAACGAGCAAUCAAAAUACAGUUACGAAAAGCGGAUUCCGAAAGACAAGAGGAGACGAUGUGUAUGCCCGUCGGUUUACAAAAACCACCUGACUACUUUAAAAAUUAUCGACGUUCGGCCCAUGGUUAGCCUGAAAAACAUCCGGCAUAACACGAUGCCACCACUGGUUUACCCGCGAAAUGACGUCUGAGAAACGAGCGCCGAAAUUCCUUGCUGAUGACACGUCACUUCCCAGAUCUGGAUAGUGCUUCUGAUUGGUCCUGCCGCGUGGGGGAAAUUUGCUUCAACCAAUCAUAAGCUCUACCCAGAUCUAGAUAGUGACGCGUCAUCAGCAUGGAAUUUCUGCGCUCUUUUCUCAGACGUCAUUUCGUGGGGAAACCAAGAGUGACGUCGCGAAAUGUCAGCUGUUUUCAAGCUAGCCCAUGGUAUCUUAGAACCAUAAAUUGGGGUUGAGUGAAGACAGCGCCCCUAGAAUUGCUAAUGUUGAUGAUGUAAUACGAUAUACAGCUAUUUUGAUAGCUAAAACGUCGUCCGAUUUUAAGGCCUUCAGCCUACAAUACUCGUCACAUUAGCUGGGACAGUAGUGGUAUUGUCUGCCCCCUCAAUGUUGGUUUUUGCGAGAUGGCAUGUCAGAAGCAAAAAAGGCGGGCAACUUUUUGUCGGAAUAUAUGGGUACGGAAAGGGGUGUCCCAACUUAAUGUGACGAGGAUUGUAGUUAACAAGGGCAUGAGGGUGGCUGUAAAUCCUGUGUAAUUUGGUCAUAAUUUCACGGUUGUCAGAUGAGUACCAAGGAAUGGUAUAAACGAUUUAAUGACAGAUGAGUUACUUCAUGGCCUUGUUUGGCAAUAUUAUUUUCUUAAAUUACCCACAUAUUGCUACACAUGCAUUCUCGUCGCGUAGGCUUUCCAGCUACGUUAAAAUAGAAGUGAAAGAUCUGUUUUCAUAGUAUUUCUCUACUCCAGGCCAGUCACACAACUUCAACAAAUACGACCGAGGCAGGAUAGACACCCUCAACGUGCCUUACGACUACGACAGUAUUAUGCAUUAUGGUAUGGACAGCUUCUCUAAGAAUGGCGAAGCUACUCUGAGAUCUAUCAAAGACUCCGCAAGAUCGCUUGGCCAGAGAAAUGGAUUUACCCAACUGGAUAUACAGGAAAUCAACUCACUCUACGAAUGCAGCAGUAAGUGGAGUGGUCUGUAAUAAUAGAAAGUAUUGAUUACUAAAAUGGCCUCUACUAACAAACCGAAAACAGUUAGAUCAGUGGUCUGUGAAAGGGGGGCAGAACGUAUACCAAAACAAACUGUAAUAGUAAACUAGAACUAUGUAGAAGAAACAGAAAUGUCGGUCUCAAAAACCUGUGUCCUCCAAGGUUGUGUUAUUGAAAUCCUUUUCUUCUUCUGUACCAGCGUAUUUUCAGUGGCUUUUCUUUCUUGGGGGAGGGUUGAGGGGCGUUGAUUAAAAGGGAGGAGCUAAAUGCGAGGAAGCUAAAGCAAAGACGUUUUGAGCGACGCACAUCACCCGGAAAAUGAAUUUUUGCAUUCUCGGGCCAAGUGGUUUUGCCCGCAUUUUCGGUCAAAUCCACCUUUUCAGGUUAAACACUAAGCAAUACAAAUUUGUGAGCGUCAAGACAUAUAAAAAGAGAAAAGGGCUUCAAAACGCCACUGAUUAAGCUUUCUUUAUAAUAUUUCAAGCCUCAUGUUGUAGCGCUUGUCUGAGGGAGGGCGCUAAUUCGAGCAUUUGCGGUCUUGUAAUAAUCAGUAUUAUAGCUGCUUGCCGGUAAGAUAGCUUUCUGGGCCCAAAAUAAUAUCGAGACAUUCGAGAAAUGGGUUCCUGUAAACUUCGUAAGCCACCAUCUGUUAAAUUUUCUCAAUGCAUCUUGCAUCAGUGGCCCUUUUUAGUUCUUCUUUGGUUUGAUUGUUUGAUGGUUUUUGAUGUAACAGGUGCGAAUGGUCCCGGAUGGAGCAGGUGGUCAGAGUUUGGACCCUGUGGUGCCAAUUGUAAAAAGUACCGUCAACGUUACUGCACGUCCACAAACAAAGAUGUCCACUGUCCUGGGCACAGUAACGGGAUACAGACAGAAGAACGGGUUUGUCCCCACCAAGAAUGUUACGGUUAGUAGGAGGAGGAGGCGUGCGGGUUUGACUGGUGGAAGGUGUAAAAGAUACCCAUGGUUCGUACAAUCUUGAAAAGGUCUUGAAGUUUAGUAGUUGUCUUGGAAAGUCCUUGAAUUCGGUUAAGAUCCUUGAAAAGUACUCUUGAUUUCUUUAUUAGGUCUUGAAAAAUCCUUGAAAUUCACUACUUAAAAACAUUUUUGUGCAUCAGCAAUAUCUUACUUCUGUUUCUUUAUUUUAAAUGCUGUUUCUGUACCUUAGAGCAAUUCCAAGUCAUACCCAGUCAUUUUCCAAAAUGUUGUUGCAGAAAGUAGUAUAAAAUAAUGUGAUCAACCGGAGCUGAAGAAGGAAAAAUCGUAGAUGACUCCAUAACGUGUUUUAGUCAAUAAGGUGUUCAAAACGGGUUUCUCGUUGGACCAUUCGGAGUUGUAGUAGAGAAGUGCAUGCAUAUAGGGUAUUCGGUCUGUGCUUAAUUAUUAAAUCAGAAGUAAGAUGCUUUAAGGUUCUUCACAUUGGGUUCUUCCUGGUGAAACGCUAUUGUUUAUUAUAACAUCAAAUACACAGAAACCUAAAUUUAUUUUGCAAACAGUACAGACCGAACUUUUCAUCGAUUUGUGGACGCAAUAAAUCCAUUUCACCUGAAAGCCUGGAGGCGGCACCCAAGGCCGAGCCUUUUGCAAGUAAUUCACAAACGUUUUUGGCCCAGGCUGCCGAUUUCAAAGCUUCUACCAUGUUCUUUCCAGUAUGUGGGUUUAUUUGCUGUUAAAACAUGCAGUAGAACGUUCGAUCAGUGGUACGAGUAAAGUAAUAAACUGAUUCAGAGAUAAUUGUGAAAUUAAGGGGGUGGGACAUAGUUAUCAUCGAAAGUUCGCAACUGACCUCGUAUAAUUAGAGACCAAAAUAUGGCUGUCUAUUUGGUACCAAGUGUGGUCGUCCUGUUUAUCUGUAACUGGAAUCGAAAUUUUAUGAAUCCUGUCAUUUUUCAUAUUACAUUCCUUCUUCUUCCAGCGCCCGUGGAUGGACACUGGGGCCGCUGGUCAUCAUGGGCCACAUGCAGCAAGACAUGUGGAAGUGGAACAAAAGUAAGAACGCGCAAAUGCGAUGAUCCACCACCCCUAAAUUCCGGAAAAUCCUGUCCUGGCGAUGAUAAAGAACAAGAGGCUUGUAUACUGAGAAGGUGUGGCUUGGGUGAGUGAGCAAAACAAAAUUGAGAGCGACUUUGCACUCAACAUGUAUUUUUUAUUAUGCGGUUCAAUGCGAAUCUACUAAAUGGUCCUUACUAACUUCUUAGUCUUCUUACGGCCUAAGGUUCACGGCAUAAACUUAUCAAAAUAAAAUAAAUUAAUUAAAAAAUAAAACAGCGGGGUUAUUACUCCUAGUUUCUCUUAGCCUGCGAGCAAGCUCUCCUGUUUGCGCAAGCGAAGCGUGCCUCGCGAGAACGCGCGAGCGAGGGGCGGAAAUAGGAGAGCUUGCUCGCAGGCUAAGUUGCUCUUAAACUGACCAAAAGAUGGCUCUAUUUACCUGUAGGCGCUGAUGACUGUGACUUUGACUUCGCCGAUGGAAUGUGCCACUGGUCAAAUGACCAAUCUAGCAGUUCAGAUUUUAAGUGGUUAUUAGGGUCUGGAUCGACACCCAGCAGCCUCACGGGGCCUUCCGCUGACCACACAAGUGGCGCAGGUAAAAAAUUACCCACUAAUCUAAUUAAAAGGGCCUCCGUUUUAUGCGAAAACGACGAAAACGGGUGGCUAGUCCUCUUCACAGUUUAAUUAAGAGUUUCUAUUGAUUUACUCGCGAAAUAACCCUCGCGGGAUGUUGGGAGAAAAUGAGUUUAGUUGCCGUUUUCUAUGAGUUUACGGGUAUAAUGUAUGAAUCGUAGUUUUUUAUUUAUUUUUUUUAUUGCACUUAUUUUAUAAUGCCAUGGGUUUCUGAUAAUGCUUAGUAAACUGGAGUUUGCUCAAAACGAUGAAGCAAAAAGAACAGAUUGCUUGAAACCUCGUAGGGAUAAAGAAAAUGAUAAACCGGACCUUAAACCUAACUCCUGUAAUCCUUAAUCAUGAAAAUGUGACAUAUUAAUUAAAGACUACUUUUUCCCCAGGCAAUUAUCUUUAUGUGGAGGCUUCCAGUCCCGCGCAAGAGGGCGAUAAGGCUAGGUUACUCAGUCAUCAAUUUCCGUCAACUGCUGCUCGGUGCCUGUCCUUUUGGUACCACAUGUAUGGCUCAUCAACUGGAAAUCUUAGUGUGUAUACCCUUGCUAAAGAUUUCAAAAGGACCCUACUUUGGCAAAAGGCUGGUAAACAAGGAAACCAAUGGAUGCAAGCAAAAGUUUCUAUUACGAGCAGCUUAGAUUAUAAGGUAUGGAAAUUGUGUUCUUACCGAUGAUACGUUCUGGGGGAGCUGUGAGCGCGCAAAAAAGAGAGAGAGCUGCAAGCGAAUCAAAAUGAACAAGGACGCUAUUAAUAUCGGCGUUAUGUCUCGCUUGCUUGGAGAUUAGAUAAGAAAAGAGGAGGCGGUUAUUCUAGACGAAACAGGAUUUACUCGCUAAAGGUUUUUCACUUCCUACUUUAUCGACUGUCGAGUAUUCUUCAGGAUGUUUACUUUUUAUAUCGUAUUCGACGAUUUGUUUCUGAUCUGAUUUAGUACGCGUGUUUACGUCUGCGGUCGCAGGCUAUACGCGUGUAUAAUUACAAGAAAAUUCGAGAGAAAUUACGUCGUGAUGAGAACCUGGCACGUCAUUUAAAUCAUCGCCGAAAUUAAACCGCAUGCUCAUCACAAGACUAAUUUGCAUACAAUAAAAGUUUACAACACCCGACCAGUUUUUUCUCGACCACUCUUUCAAGCGAUAGAAUUCGUGGACCGACCCGUUCCGGAAAAGCUAUAAAUCGGAUUUAUUAAUCUUUCCUUAGCUUUCUUCGCAAAACAUGCGUGGCUUCGGUUACGCAACGAUUCUUAUUCCCAGUUUCCACGGUCUCCGCUAGGAACGCCUGGGUCCCCAACGCCUCUUUAGUGUUCUAAAUACGAAGAAAAACCGCUUGCAGAUUAUGAGUCUCGCUGCUUACGCAAGCGAGACUAAUUACGACUGGAAGAUUGUAAUGAGUACAAGUUGGGUUCAAUAGUGACCAUAAAACAUGCUUUGCGACAAUGUUUCCUUGAAAGUUAGACGGCUUUCUUCAGUUGUACCGCGUAGUAACGAAUCGUCUUUGUGUAAACUGUGUGUCUUGUGAGGUAUUCGAACUCGUGUGUUAACCGUGUGUCGCCAAGGCUUGGUCAUGCAGUCGAAACGAAAUAGGCAAUUAAACAACAUUCCUCUUGGCAGAUAACAGUAGAAGUAGUCAUUACCCGAGUUCCAAUGAGUCUUUUUAUCAAAGCCUGGUAUACAACCAUUGAUAUAAGAAUCUUUUCAUUUUCAUACGAAUGGUUGUUCACCUGGCCUCGCUUUGAUAAUAAAGCUUAAGUGAACUAGGAUUAUGCUUUUAACACUCUGAGGUCUCAGUUUGGUUACAAAAUUGCGCUGAUUUUAGUUUAGUGUAUAACAACGCGUUUAAAUUACCAGUGGGAGACAUCUUCCCAUCUUCCUGAUCUGUAAAAAAACUAUGCUGAAAGAAAUAUUUUCGCGUAGGUUGAGAUUGAAGCUAUAAGAGGCGCGAGUUUCCGAGGAGACAUUGGACUUGAUGACAUCAGUUUUACGGACGGACCGUGCAGUAAGUCUCCAUCAUAACUUUACUUUACUUUACGUUAUCUAUCCGUUCGAACGGAGGUGUGAUAGGGCGUUAAUGCUUUCGAUCAGCCACGAGUCUGAGGGAGUAUUGUCAUAAAAGACGUUGUUGUGACGAUGGGGAUGUUGUGUGCCCCUAGGCUUUCUUUGAAGCCCUUAACCCACGAUUUCAGGUCUUACGUGGACUUCCUCUUGUUUUAUAUGCGGACACCGUCUUGUGCUGUGUGCUUGCUUUGCCAGCUGGUUGGUAUUCAAACUCGUCAACACCGAACUAUUUCAUUCUCUGUCGAUAUGAUGUUGAACCGUUGCCAAUCCUUCCAUUUCUCUGAUCUUGCACCGUCUGGUCUUGCUGGCGGCCCUUCUUAAGCUAUAAUUGAAUUUAUGCUAAAUAAGUAAAACCUUAUGAAAGUGCUACUGAAAAGGUUUUAUUUUAGUGCUCACACCAUAGCAAAGAAUAGAACUGUAUGCUAAAUAAAAGUACUGCUGGAGAGGUGUCAUUUGAAUGGUCACAACAUAGGAUUUCGUUCACAAACUCAAGGUUACAACUACAUUAAUUUUCUCCAUACCUAAAGCAAGGAGUAAGAGAGUUAAGAGAUAUUUUCUUUAACAAUUAAUAAAACAAUUCAAGGGAGUGCAUUGUAGCAUUUCUGUCGUGUUGUGAUGAUAUAGUUUCCCACAUCUUUUAAGUGAUGUAUUGCAUGUAUUUUAACAGUGGAAGAAAUAGGCUGCUAUAAAGAUAACCCCCAAAGCAGAACGUUUCCGCUGGUUNCAUUCUCUGUCGAUAUGAUGUUGAACCGUUGCCAAUCCUUCCAUUUCUCUGAUCUUGCACCGUCUGGUCUUGCUGGCGGCCCUUCUUAAGCUAUAAUUGAAUUUAUGCUAAAUAAGUAAAACCUUAUGAAAGUGCUACUGAAAAGGUUUUAUUUUAGUGCUCACACCAUAGCAAAGAAUAGAACUGUAUGCUAAAUAAAAGUACUGCUGGAGAGGUGUCAUUUGAAUGGUCACAACAUAGGAUUUCGUUCACAAACUCAAGGUUACAACUACAUUAAUUUUCUCCAUACCUAAAGCAAGGAGUAAGAGAGUUAAGAGAUAUUUUCUUUAACAAUUAAUAAAACAAUUCAAGGGAGUGCAUUGUAGCAUUUCUGUCGUGUUGUGAUGAUAUAGUUUCCCACAUCUUUUAAGUGAUGUAUUGCAUGUAUUUUAACAGUGGAAGAAAUAGGCUGCUAUAAAGAUAACCCCCAAAGCAGAACGUUUCCGCUGGUUGUGAAAAAUCUUCGAUCUGAAAUAGAUUGGUAUCACCUUGAGAAAACUGUUCAGAAAUGUGCCUUGCUAUCCAAACAGAGAAACUACAAAGUAAGUCACUUAUAAUGCUAGUGGACUCUGUCCAAAAUUCAGCUACAUCAGAAAUUAUCAUGAUUAGUUAUUUAAUGAAUUGAGUAGGUAGGCUGAAUACGAUCGCUCAAAUAAGUGUUUAAUCAUGCAUGAAUAUGAGUGUGAUUGAUAGUAAACGUGGACACCUGUGAACGGCUUUGAGAGCAGCAAAAUCAAAGGGGAUUAAAGGCCUCUAUUUGACUGAAAAAAGUGUGGGAGUCUCUUAUAAAGUUUCGAACCACGCAUUAAUGAAUUAUUACCAAUUAUUUUUCAAUCGAUUUACACCAUAAGGAGAAGUUUUAGAAAACAAUGGCGGCGGGGGAAAAAUGUGCGAAAAUGAAAAUGCACUCUGAAAGAGAAGCCCCGGAUUAGUCCAGAAGCUCGUUGUUUGCUAAUUUCCCUUGUCACUGGUCUCAUUUUAACCAAGAGCGUAGGUAUUUGAUGAUUGGUGUGGUUGGACAAAACACAUUUCGUCAUAUUUUUCAGCCAAAUUGUUCCUCCUGGGUUGAACCAUAGUGAAGAACGAACGAAGACGAAAAUUUAUAACGUAACUAAUAAUUUUUUUUAUUCUCGUUCGGUUCCUUAGAUAUUUGCAAUACAGUUUUACGGCGAGUGCUGGAGCGGCGAAACAUCCAAGGUUCAUUAUAAUCGCUUUGGUGCAGUUGAUAAAUCCCAAUGCCCGUUUGGAGUCGGAGGACCGAAUGUUAACGCGGUUUAUAGGAUCCUUCCAUAG